GUGGUUGAAAGAUUUUUUUGAUUGUUUAUCUUAAUUGCAAUUUAGCUGCAGUGAUUUUCCCGCUUUGAUAGAAAUGUACGUUUCUAUUGACUAUUAAUGUGUUUACAAAAGGAUGGAUUGGUAAUGCAGCCUGGACAGCGUAAAUACACACCGCAAGAAACGAUCCAGAUUUACACUGACUGGGCCAACCAUUACUUGGAGAAAGGCCGUAGUAAACGAAGGGUAUCACAUUUGGCGUCUGAUUGUAGUGACGGUAUCCUUCUAGCUGACGUCAUCGAAUCUGUCACAAACACAAAAAUUUCGGAUAUAAAUCGUAAACCAAAAAACAGUGGCCAAAUGUUGGAUAAUAUAAAUUGUUGUGUUCGUGCAUUGAAAGCACAACACGUGGCUGGGAUUGACGACAUAUGUGCUACCGAUCUACAAGAAGGUCGAUUAAAAGCCGUGCUUGCGCUGUUUUUUGCAUUGUCGCGACACAAACAAGCUACGAAACAUCAACGAGCUGCGGCGGUUGCACAUCAACAAUUCCAGCAACAACAACAACAACAACAACAUCAACUCCAACAACAACAAACAGCAUCAGGAGGCGGCGGUGCAACUGUCGUGACCACAGCCAAUGUCAUCAUGGCGCCUCACAACAUGGAAACGCACAUCACGUCACCGCGAGCAUUAUCAGGCGGAAAAGUCAACAAUGGAACAAGCAUACCAUUACCAGGAAGCGCGCUACCAACCCGGCGAUGUCCUCCAGAUAAAGUUCGCCCUACAGGAACCACCAUGGUUGUACCACCACCACCAACAAGUGUAUCAUCAAGUCGUGCUUCCAGUCCUGCUCCAUCGAUGAUACCACGUGUUGGUAUCCAAAAUCAACAAUCACAUAUCCCACAUCAUCCACAACAAAAUAAUAAAUUAAGUUUAGAAAAAAUUAAAUCCACAAAAUCAACAAAUGGAUCUGUCACCGCACAACAGACAACACAAAUGUUGCCAACUUUCUCAGGGAAACGUACAAGUUCCUCUAGUGGUGUAUCAAGCUCUGCUAAAAGUGAAAAAUCUGAUAGUAGUUUUAGUUUGGAUUCAUCUGAUAAAAAUAAAAAUAUUCGUACAAAACCUGGUAAUGUAAAACUUCCGACCACAAAAAACAUAUCGACUUCCCAAGCAAAAUUAAAUACAUCAUCGUCCCUUGUCAAAAAAGAAUAUAUGUCUUCAACAAAAAACAUAUCAACUUCCAAAACAAAUGCAACGGUUACGUCAAAACUAACUGAACCAAAAAUCAAAAUAAGUAAAACAACAGCGGUACCUAUCAAACCAAGUGAUAAUAAAUUACCCCCUCCAAAUAAUAGUAACAUAUCAGCCGGUACUGGAAUUCCAAAACCAACUGCUGCUGUAAAAGGUACUUCAAAAAUUAUCAAAGACGAAAAACGUAAUUCAAGUCCACCGUUAAAAACAACAAUUUCUUCCGAGAAUCAAGUAAAUCAAUUACAAUCAAAUGAAACAAUGGCCGUGGUUUCUCCAAUCCAAAAUGAACAUGUGAACAGCAGCAAUAUUGAAGCACCAAGUAGUCAGUGUAGUCAGUUAUCAGAGAGCAGUCAUAGUGCAUCAACUGGCCAACAUAGUAAUUCCAGUGAAAGUAGUGUUAUAUACCGUCCAAGUAGUGAAAGUGGAAGUGAACAACCGAAAAUUAAAGAAAUUAAAUCAACGUCAAUCGAUACAACUCGAGCAUCAGAUAAUAUUCAAAUUUCGCAUGGUCGUGAUAAUUCAUUAGGUGAAGAUGAUGCCAGUUUAACAAUGACCAUUAAACCAAUGAUGCCACUAAUCCGUGGAUACUGUAAUAAUUUAACGAUGCCAAAUGUUCGACAACAGCGUCAACAGUAUUUACUUCAAAGAAAAUUACCACCAACCGAUGCUAGUGAUUAUUGUGAUAUUGAAGAAAUUGUGAAUGGUUACAUGUCCGAUGGUGAACUAAUUCGUGCGGGCAACGAUACUAGAAAUAUUAAUAAUCAUCAUGGAUUUGAUGGAUAUACAUCAGAACAAGAUCAUCGAAUCAAUGGUGGAAUGUCUGUGCUACGAUUAAAUACAACACCACAAAGACAUCCUGUUGGAGGGGCACAACGCAGCCUUACGGUGUUGACGGAACAAACUCGGCCCCAACGGGGGGCCCGCAACGGUGAAGAUGCACCUCCGCCAUUGGGUCCACGUCCUAAUCAUCACUCAUCUUCUAACCUUAAUAGACAAAGUCAACCAGCUAAUCGGUCACCAAUUACGAACACAGAUAGCAUAUUACCUGAAAAUUCACAAUGGAAAAAGUAUACAGAUUCCCCAGGUGUUGGAACACCUAUUCAAAGCGGUCUUUCAAGUCCCACAUCAUCUAGACGUGAAAAGAAAGCCGUAUCGUCAUCACAUGGACAUACUAAAGAUAAGAACUCUUCGUCUAAAGUACGUGUACCUCAAAGCUUUGGAUAUGUUAAAAGAAACAGUGUUGGAUCCACGGGUACACAAUCGUCUUCCAUAUCUUCUACAGGUGGUGGAUCAAUAGCUCAACAAGGAAAUAGUAAGACAGCUCAAGUUUCUGUUGUCCCUAGAACAAAAGUAAAAGUGUCCGGUGGAACCCAAACCUGCACCAGUGAUUUACAACAAACGCAUCCAAAACCAACAACAACACAAUACAAAAGUUAUUCUUUAACCGGGCACACAGCAAGUCAACUCAGUCAAUCAGUACGUGAACGACUAAUGAUGGGAUCUCAGAGUUUACCAAAGGGCGCAUUAGGUGGUGGUGUUGGUAACAUUACGAAUGAAUAUCAACUUGUGCUACGACAAGCACGACCUAAAGCCAGUGAUGGAUCACUUUCGGAUACACAAGCCACGGAAAAUAGUAGCCCUUAUGCACCAUGGUUAAGACAUAGUAACACUUAUUCAAUGGGAGCAAGAUUAGGUGAAAAUGAUAGCUUAGAAAAUUUAGCUAAUUUUCAUGGUCAUCGUAGCAGUUUAACACAUACUAGAUUACUUAGAGAUUCAACCUCUUCAUCUGUAUCACCAUCAGCUCGUUUAAGUCGCAGCAACAGUAUUAGCUAUCUACGUGAUCGGACUUUUCCAAGAUCUACAAAAUCGGAAAAAUUAUACCCAUCCAUGUUACAUCGUGGAGCAGAAAUUGAACCAGAACCAUAUUAUUGUUUACCAGUAGGUGCAUUACAUUGGUCACAACCAACUAGUCCAGCUCCAGGCGGUGGUGUAAGUGGUGUUCCACAUUUAUUUCCACUCAGUCCAACCCAUGGUAUCAUAUCGUCUCGACAUACAAGUACACCUAAGAAUGAUGAUGUUCAUGGUUCAUCCGUGUCACUUGUAUCUACCACAUCUAGUCUAUAUUCAUCAGCUGAAGAAAAGCAAGCACAUGAGAUAAGGAAAUUGAGGCGCGAAUUGAUGGAUGCUCAAGAAAAAGUACAUACUUUAACAUCGCAACUAACAACAAACGCGCAUGUUGUAUCCGCAUUUGAACAAAGCCUGCUGAGCAUGACACAAAGAUUACAACAUUUAACAGCUACAGCUGAACGUAAAGACACAGAAUUAGCUGAAUUAAGGUCAGCUAUGGAAAUGUUAAGAGCACAAUCAUUACAAGCUGGAUUGGGUCAGACGGUUCUUGCAAGACAGCCAUCAUCAGAUAGUGUAUCUAGUAUGUCUAGUGCUUGCAGCUUAGAUAAACAAGAUAAAAAGAAGAAAAAAGGAUGGUUGCGUAGUUCAUUUACAAAAGCAUUUUCACGGAAUGCAAAACAAGCAAAAGUACAAACUUUAAAUAAUAGUGAGAGUAAUAACGCAACAAAUAAUUCAUCUACGAAUGCUACAAGUGAUAAUAAUGUGAAUGGACAACAAAAUGGACAAAAUCAACCAACAACGAGUAACAACAGUGAAGAGGCUUAUACAGAUGUCGAAGUUGAAGAAUUACAAAAACAAUUACGUGAAAAAGAUUUAGUUUUAACAGAUAUACGUUUGGAAGCGCUUAGUUCAGCUCAUCAAUUGGAAAGUUUAAAAGAUACAGUCAUGAAGAUGAGAAGUGAAAUGUUAAGUUUGAAACAAAAUAAUGAGCGCUUGCAAAGGAUGGUUGGUGGUACUUUACACGCAGAUAAUGGCGAACACGACGAUUCCCUCAUAAAUAGGGAUCCACCACCGGAUGUUAUAGCCGUUGAAGAAACUUCAAUUGAACCUGAAAUCGAUGGGAAACGCAUUUCUAUAUCAGUUUAUUUGGGUCAACCAAAUACAUUUGAUAAAUAUUAUGCUGAAAAUUAUAAAUCCGAUGUAUGUCAAAAUUUAUCAGAAGGUCAUGAAAUAACGAUUGCAUUUAAGAAAAUUGGUUCAUCAAUAUCGUGGGGUCAAUUAGAUGUUAUAGUAAGACGAUCAUUUAAACAACAUGUUGCAAGAUUAGAUCCAGUUAAUUCAUUAGGAUUAGGUGGUGAUUCUGUUGCAAAAUAUCGUUUAGGUGAUGCUGAACGAUCACCGUCAGCACCGCCACCCGAUCUUUUGCCUGUUGGUUAUAUCGUGGGACGAGUUUCUACAUUACAUAUUAUUUUACAACCAGUUUGUGCUUUAGCAUUUGAAGCUUUAAUACCAAGAGGUGUUGGGCAACGAUUGGUUACAUUGCUUGCGGAACAUCGACGAAUCGUUUUGUGUGGACCGCCAGGAACUGGUAAAACACAUUUAGCACAAAGAUUGGCAGAAUUUCAUGCACAAAGUCAAGGAAAAGAUCCAUCAGAUGCAAUUGCAACAUUCAAUGUUGAUCAUAAAUCAGGAAAAGAAUUGCGACAAUAUUUAGCACAUCUUGGAGAACAAGCAUCCGGAGGUGAUAAUUCAGAUUUACCUUGUGUUGUUGUUUUGGAUAAUCUUCAUAGAGCAGGUCCUCUUAAUGAAGCAUUGGGUGCUUUACCGCGAUCAGUACCUUGUUUAAUUGGCACAAUGGCACAGGCAGCUUGUAGUACAACUAACUUACAGUUGCAACAUGGUUUUCGAUGGGUCCUAGUAGCACCACAUCUUGAACCAGCAUCUGGUUUAUUAGGACGUGUUUUGCGUCGGCGUCUCACAACUCUGGAACUCACUCAAGGUGAUCGACCUGAAUUAUCAACAGUUCUGAAUUGGCUACCAAAAGUAUGGAAACAUCUAAAUAAAUUUUUGGAAACUCACAGCUCAGGUGAUGUAACAAUUGGCCCACGAUUAUUUUUGGCGUGUCCUCUUGAUAUGGACGCAUCAAAAGCAUGGUUUUCUGAUGUUUGGAAUUAUUCUCUAGCACCAUAUCUCCGUGAAGCAGCUAAAGAAGGCAUACAAUUGUAUGGUAAACGUGCACCUUGGGUUGAUCCUGUACAAUUUAUUAUUGAUACGUAUCCAUGGGCAGGUUCACCACCUCAGAGUUUAACACGAAUUACCCCACAAGAUGUUGGAUUAGAAUCGAAUUCUGUAACACAAUCAGAAUGUGAUUCAACUGAUCCAUUAUUAAAUAUGUUGAUGCGAUUGCAAGAGGCUGCAAAUUAUUCAAGCCCACAUUCGAACGAAUCCGAUUGUGCAAGUCUCGAUUCGAAUAUAACUCAUGAAAGUUCAAUGGGUGGUACCGAAUUAGGUUUAUAAAAUCAUUUAAAAAUUCUUUUAACUUAACAUUUUUGAUACAGUAGCUUUCGCUUACCAGUACAUCAAAUAUUACUUACAUUAAUUAAGUAUAAUUGUAUUUUUAACCAGAAUAUUGUAUCGCCAAGUAUGCUAGCGUACUGAUAGACUACGUCUACACACAAAAAUCUUGUUUUUGUAUACAAUAUCUAUUUCGAACCGAAAAGUU